AUGGCAUGUAUAAGUGAACAUAUAGAUCAUUUAUAUUUUUUGGAUGCAUUAAAUUUGUUUGCUGAAACACAGUGGCUUUAUAAUACUCCAGUUACUGAUUUACUGACUGCAGGAUUAUUUGACUUAUUCCCAAGAGAAUGGUUGAAUGCUUUGGAAAUUUUAAAGAAUGAAGAACUUAAUGAUCUUGUUGCAAAAAAAAUGACAAAACCAGAAUGGUCAGAAACUUUAAAAUUUUUUGUUGAGAGAUGUAAAUAUAUUGAUAGAUUACCAAUUCUAAACACUGUGUUACCAAUAAUAUUACCAAAAAAUUUUAAAAUAGGCGUUAAUUGUAAAAAACAACAUGAAAUAAUGCAUUUGGCACAUAUGGUACAUAUGCAGUGUACAUCACAAAAAAUUAAAAUUAUUGUUGAUCUUGGUGCAGGUUUAGGAUAUGUUUGUCAAUUACUGUAUUAUUUAUACGGAUAUCAAGUUCUUGGAUUAGAAAAAAACCAAGCAAAUGUAAAUAAUGCUCGAAAUAGACAAGUGAAAAUGUAUCCUGAUUCAUUAGCACAUGUUAAAUAUAAUUGUUGUGAUUUAACAUGUAAUUCUGUUGAGACAAUAGAAACUAUUUUAUAUAAUGAAUUCAAAGAAAAGUCAGAUGUUUGUUUGAUUGGUUUACAUGCUUGUGGAGAUCUUAGUAUACAUGCAUUGAAAAUAUUUCGAGAUAUGAAAGCAGCACGUAUUUUUAUCAUGGUUCCAUGUUGUUAUCAUAAGCUUUCAAUAUCAAAAAGUAUAAAAAUAAAUGCUUCAAUCGAAAAACAAUAUUUUAAUAACUUUCCUUUAUCAAAUUGUCUUAGAACUGUAAUUAAUAAUAACAAUUUUGAUGUUAGCUCCUUUCUGAGGCAACCCUUUUUACGAUUAGCAUGUCAAGAACCAACAGACAGAUGGUACAAUAUGUCUACAGAAACUCAUGAUCAACAUUCUUUUUAUGUUCUUGCAAGGGCUGUCCUUCAGUUAUAUGCAACUAAAAAUGGAUUUUCUCUUAAAAAACGUACUCGGAAAGGAAUAAGAAAAUCACAAUGUUUAGAUUUUAAAACUUAUGCAAAGAAUUCAUUAAAUAGAUAUAUUUUACAACCACAAAAUGAGGAAAAAUUAAAAAAGCAGGAUUUACAAUUUAAUCUUAAUACACAUGAAAAAAAUAUAAUAGAACUAUGGAAAAUUCACUGUGAUAAACUAAAACUUGUAGAAAUAUAUAGUGGUUUACAACUAAUGUUACAAGCACCAGCGGAAUCACUUAUUUUACAAGAUCGAUUGUGUUGGUUGGAAGAACAAGGUUUAGGAGCAAAAAUUAUACCAGUAAUGAAUAAACGUUUAUCCCCACGAGCAUAUGCAAUUGUAUCAAAAAAGAUAAUAAAUUUUGUAAAUUAA